AUGGAAGAAUUAAAGUACCUCGCGGGUUUUGGAUCGGAGUUCCAAUCUGAAGACCCUCGAAAACCUGGCGCCCUCCCUGAAGGCCAAAACAACCCUCAACGCUGCCCCUACGGACUGUACGCUGAGCAGGUUUCUGGCACCGCUUUCACUGCACCGAGACACGAAAACAAACGGUCUUGGUUGUACAGAAUUCGUCCGUCAGUGAUACACAAGCCUUUCCAGAAGUAUAAUGGCGCUAAGUACCUCACUCAUAAUUGGGGUGAACAGGAACCAGAUCCAAACCAGUCUCGCUGGUUGCCGUUCGACAUUCCCCCAGCAGAGCAGUCAGUGGACUUCGUGGCUGGUCUGCACACAGUCUGCGGCGCCGGAGACCCUCGGUCACGCAACGGUAUCGCCAUACACGUCUACUUGUGCAACACUUCCAUGGACAAGAGUGCCUUCUAUAGCAGCGAUGGUGAUAUGUUGAUUGUUCCUCAACAAGGCGCACUGAGAAUCACGACAGAGUUUGGCAUCAUGACGGUUGCCCCCAAUGAGAUUGCGGUGAUACAACUCGGGAUGCGCUUCGCCGUUGCUGUCGAUGGACCUACUCGAGGUUAUAUUCUGGAAGUAUUUGACGGACAUUUCAAGCUGCCAGACCUCGGGCCCAUAGGAGCUAAUGGGCUGGCCAAUCCACGAGACUUCCUGACUCCUGUAGCACACUACGUUGAUGAAGAGAUACCUGGAUUUAAGAUCCUGAACAAGUACCAAGGCUCGCUGUUCGUUGCUGAACAGAACCACUCCCCGUUUGACGUGGUGGCCUGGCACGGGAACUAUGUGCCUUACAAGUACGACCUCAGCAAGUUCAUGGUCAUCAACGCUGUUCUUUACGAUCAUUGUGAUCCCUCGAUAUUCACAGUGUUAACCUGCCAGUCGACGAAGCCUGGUGUGGCUAUAGCAGACUUUGUCAUCUUCCCGCCCAGGUGGUCCGUUCAAGAGCACACGUUCCGUCCACCGUACUACCACCGGAACUGUAUGAGUGAAUUCAUGGGCCUCAUACUGGGCUCAUACGAAGCGAAGGAAGGUGGUUUCUUGCCUGGGGGAGCAUCCCUCCACUCGAUGAUGACGCCCCAUGGUCCAGACGACAAAUGCUUCGACGCGGCCUCAAACGGAGAACUCGUGCCACAGAAAAUUGCUGUUAAUACUCAGGCGUUCAUGUUCGAAUCUUCCCUAAGUUUAGCUAUCACGAAAUGGGGCCACGAGACCUGUCAGAAAUUAGACGCAAAAUACUACGAAUGCUGGCAAAACCUACCGAAACUCUUCUCGGAAAAAGUUAAUGUUUAA